AGGCAGUGCUGGGAUGUAAUCCCACUGCCGACCUGCAUCCUAUGAGCUUAAUCUGCUGGAGCUCAGGCAAAAGCGACCGCGGGACCCAGGACUGAACGAAAAUCAUUUCCCUCCUUGUUCCAAACCUAACUAGCGAGUACUGACCCAGUUUUCAAGAGGAGAGGCUUCUGAUUACCUGACAGGAGCUCACAUUUGCACGUAAAGAGAAAGCAAGAGCACAUUUAAUCUUUCAUGCUCCUCGUAAGGCAGCUGCGCUUUCGCUCGCUCAGCCUCCUCCAAGGAUGAGCCACGGCAGAGCCGCUUUCUGCACGCUCAAGAUGUGCAGAUAGGGAGCCUGCAGAAACUGUAGUAGCUGUUUGCUCGCUUGCAGCCCUAAUUGUGUGGGUCCUAGCAGGAGUACAGCAGGCAAGCAGUGUAUUUCACGCUUAAUACCAGUGAAGAGCCAACCAAUGCUCAGUGGAUAAAAGGCUUGUAGUCCCAGCUGGGAAAAUAGUUCCAUUAUCUCCCAGCUGCAUAGACCUUCCAUACGGCUCCGUUCUGCCUCGAUGAGCACUGUGGCUUGCUGAGAGCUCCAAACAGUUCUGCAGAAAAUUGUAAAGAUCCUCAGACAUUUCACUGUUCAGAGCUGUCACAGAAGCACAGAACAGUGGGACUGGAAAGGACCUCUGGAGAUCAUCUAGUUCAAUUCCCCCCCUGCUAAAGCAGAGUCAUCUAUAUGAGCUUGUACAAGACCACAUCCAGAGCAUCAAGGUAGUCACAGGAAGACACACUUUACUUUCCACUGAUUGGAUGGGAGGAAUUUUUGACCUUGGAAAGUGGAGAUGGUGUUGCUAUGGAAACUAAUAAGUCUGCUGCCAUUCAUGAGCUGCGGCACAGGGGAAGAAACCCUUCAUGGUCCUAUUUUUAUUCAAGAGCCAUAUGAUGUCACUUAUUCCAUGGGCUCAGCAAAGCCAGAAGUCCUACUGAACUGCACAGCUAAAGGAUAUCCACUCCCAUACUACAGGUGGAAGCAAAAUGGCACAGAUAUUGAUCUUACCAUGAGUUAUCACUACAGGUUGGUUGGAGGCAGCUUGGCAAUCAAUAACCCACAUAAAAAACAGGAUAUUGGAACAUACCAGUGUUUGGCCACAAAUUCAUUUGGAACAAUUCUGAGCAGGAAGGCAAAGCUUCAAUUUGCAUAUCUUGAAAACUUUGAAACAAAACCAAGAAGCACAGUGUCAGUCAGAGAAGGACAAGGAGUGGUUCUUCUCUGUGGUCCUCCCCCACAUCAUGGAGGCUUGUCCUACCUCUGGAUCUUCAACAACAGCACCUUGCACGUUCAGGAGGACAGCCGCCGCUUUGUCUCACAGGAGACAGGGAACCUGUACAUUGCCAAAGUAGAGCCAUCCGAUGUGGGCAACUACACCUGUGUGGUCACCAACCCCAAAGCAGAGCAAACUGUCUGGGGCCCACCAACUCCCCUCACUCUCCGCAGGGAUGGUGUGAUGGGGGAGUAUGAGCCCAAGAUUGAAGUUCGUUUGCCAGAAGCGACUUACGCAGUGAAGGGCUCCUCCGUCAAACUGGAAUGCUUUGCCCUUGGGAAUCCUGUCCCUAGUAUUAGCUGGAAGAGGUCUGAUGGAAGCUCCUUGCCAAAGAAAAUUGAAGCCAACAAAACCCAAGGAGUUCUCGAGAUCCCAGAUAUCCAGCAAGAAGAUGAAGGCUCUUAUGAGUGCAUUGCAGGAAACAUUCGAGGUAGAAACACUGCAAGAGGUCAAUUAUUUGUCUAUGCCCUCCCUGAGUGGGAUAAAAAAAUCCAAAAUGCCUUUCUGUCUCUCUAUGACAGUUUAGUUUGGGAGUGUAAGGCAAAAGGAAAACCAAGCCCUUCCUACAGCUGGUUAAAAAAUGGCCAGCCCCUCAUGUCAGAGGAAAGAAUCCAAAUAGCAAAUGGAACUCUUAUCAUACCUGUGCUGAACAUGUCAGACUCUGGCCUCUAUCAGUGUGUGGCAGAAAACAAGUACGACACUAUUUAUGCCAACGCCGAGCUGAGGGUGAUAGCUGCAGCACCAGAUUUUUCCAAGAAUCCUGUGAAAAAGAUCUCUGUCGUUCAAGUUGGAGGUGAAGUUACAAUUGGUUGUAAACCAAGUGCCUCUCCCAGGGCAGUCAUUAACUGGAGAAAGGGCUCCGAGGCUCUGCGCCAGAACAAAAGGGUCAUGUUGCUAGAGGAUGGCAGUCUCAGGCUCUACAACAUCACCAAAGCAGAUGCAGGGGUGUACACUUGCACAGCAACAAAUCAGUUUGGAGCUGCCAGAAAUUCUGGGAACCUGAUUGUAAAAGAAAGGACUGUGAUUACUGUCCCACCUUCUAAUAUGGAUGCAACAGUUGGAGAAAGCAUAGUCCUUCCCUGCCAGGUGGCUCAUGACCCCUCUGUUGAUGUGGGGUUCACAUGGUGGUUCAAUGGCAAUCGAAUUGAUUUGACCAGAGGAAUACAUCAUUUUGAAUGCAUCGGAAGGGACUCUGUUGGGGAUUUGAUGAUAAGAAAUAUUCAGCUGCAUCAUUCGGGGAAGUACGUGUGCACAGUACAAACAACUUUAGACAGCCAAUCUGCAGCAGCAGAUGUAAUUGUCAGAGGCCCCCCAGGUCCGCCAGAAGACGUUAAAGUUGAACAUGUUUCUAGCACUACUGUUGUGCUGUCCUGGAAGCCUGGAGUAGAUAACAACAGUCCAGUGCAGAUCUACAGUGUGCAGGUGAGGACUCCAUUCUCAGUUGGAUGGCAAGCAGUUGCAACAGCUCCUGAAGUCAUUAAUGGUAGGACUCACAAGGCAACAGUGGUUGACCUAAGCCCUUGGGUUGAGUAUGAGUUUCGGGUGGUGGCCAGCAACAGCGUGGGAAUUGGGGAGCCGAGCAGGCCUUCAGCUCUACUGAAAACUAAGGCAGCAGUUCCUGUCGUGGCACCUACAAACAUCAGUGGAGGAGGAGGGACCCGUUCUGAGCUGGUCAUCACCUGGGAGCCAGUUCCAGAAGAGCUACAAAAUGGGGAAGGUUUUGGCUACAUCAUCGUGUUUCGCCCCCUUGGCUCAACCAGCUGGACAAAAGCAGUGGUGGCUUCGGUGGAAGCAAGCAAAUAUGUUUACAGGAACGAAAGCAUUACACCUCUCUCUCCUUUUGAAGUGAAAGUUGGUGUCUACAACAACGAAGGAGAAGGAACCCUGAGCUCCAUAUCCAUUGUCUACUCAGGAGAAGAUGAGCCACAGAUAGCACCGGCAGGAGCCUCGGCGCUGAGCAUUUCCGCGGCGGAGGUGGAGGUCUCCUGGCAGCCCAUCGCGUGGAACAGGCACACGGGCAGGGUGCUGGGCUACGAGGUUUUGUAUUGGACUGAUGAUCCCAAGGAAAGCACAGCUGGUAAAGCCAGAGUCAGUGGGAAUGUAACAGCCAAGAACAUCACAGGGCUGAAAGCGAACACAGUGUAUUUCGCGACGGUUCGGGCUUACAACACGGCGGGGCCAGGGCCGUCCAGCACCCCGGUGAAUGUCACCACGAAAAAAUCACCACCAAGCCAACCCCCAGCAAACAUUGCCUGGAAGCUGACAAAUUCCAAGAUCUGCCUCAACUGGGAGCAUGUGAAAACAAUGGAGAAUGAAUCAGAGGUGCUAGGCUACAAAAUUUUGUACAGACAAAACAGACACAGCAAAGCACACAUCCUGGAGACAAACAACACUUCAGCUGAACUUCUGGUACCGUUUGAAGAGGAUUAUCUUAUAGAAAUAAGAACAGUCAGCGAUGGUGGCGAUGGCAGCAGCAGUGAGGAAAUUAGGAUCCCCAAAAUAUCAAGCUUAAGCUCGGGAGCAAUAAAGUUGUGCCAAAGGAUAAAGCAUCUAUUCACAUCUGGGAUCCUGCUGUUGAGUUCUGCUCUCAUAUACCCUGUUCCCUGAUGACUAAAGCAAUGCCCAGCCACAGACUUUUAGAGUGAAACCACGGGCAGAGUUUAUCUUCAUGCUUCACCAACGUCCCUGCUGAAGAAA